AUGGAUAAUUUGAGUCAAUAAUCUAUAAUAAUUCAAGAGCCUUCAUUUCAUAUAAAUAACGGAUAAAUUCCAUUAUAAAUUGGCUUAACUGAUCAAAAUGCUAAAGCAUAACUGAUUUUAUAGCUUCAGGUAAAUGAGUAACAGCAGCAGGUGACUGACAAAUCAAACUAGAGACUUCCAACAUAAUCACCUAAAGUUAAUGGAGUUGGCCAUAAAAGAGCCUUAACUGAGUUUCAAUAUGACCCUUUGUCUUUUUCAACUCAUAAAAUUCUUAGUAUAAAGCAACCAUAAAUGGAAGGAUAAAAUCCAAACAUGAAGGUUGUUAAAAUGGAUUACUAUAGAAAUAUGCCAGAGAAGAAGCCCAUCUAUAAAAUUCAAACGAAAAAUCUAGGCGACUACUCAACCGAUCUUAACAUUUUCUAAAAUAAAUUCAUUUCAACUGUUUAGCAUAGAAACUAGAAUACAACCCAAUAGAAUAACUCCUAUAAUCCACUUAAUCAGACCACCAUUUAGCUUCCAAACUAGAAAUCAGAUCAAUCUCAGUUAUUACCCAGAAUGGACUAAAGAGGCUUUACUCCAAAGCUUACUCUUAAUAGAGUGCUCUUUAAAAAUCACAAAAGAGAUGCUCGAAGUUCAAACAAGAAAAAAAGGAUGGGUAAUUCAACGAAUAAAAGUGAUGUAGAAUUACUCGAGGAUCUGACUGAUGUCACUUUAAAGUUUGUGCCAGUCUAUGAGAAAACUGUGGCUAAGGUUGUUGAAUAAGUGUAAAACCCUCAAAUGCAAAUGAAUGGAUAGCCUUUUAAUUAGAAUACUAGCUAUGAAAUAAAUAGGAUUGAUCAAACUGAAUAACUAAGAUAGAAUAGUCAAAGAUAAAGAGUUUUGAGUAACUAAGAAACAUUCUAAUACCAAAGAUAGCAAUAUUAGUUUAAGCUUUAAAAGCUAUCCUCACCAAAGCACAAUCUAUAAAUAUCUCUUAAUAGGUCAUUCAAACAGCCAUAUAUAUCAAUCUAACAGUAAUAUAUUGAUUUGUUCCCUGAAUCAAGUGUCUAAUAAAUGGGGUAGUAAAGUAUUUAAGAUUAUAUGGAUAGUCGAGUCCCAAGAAGAAAUUUUAAUACUUCAAUAUACUAUAGUGAUAAAAAGAGCCCUUAAUCUCUAAAUUUCUUAAUGUCUAGUCCUUAGUAUUGGAUAGAUAAAGCAGAUAAUGCUCACAUUGAACUUUAAGAUUGGAAUGAAUAGAAGCAUAAAGCUAUAAAACAGAAGAUCUAAAAUCACAUUGACUAUUAAGAAGGAAGGAGAAAUAGAUUCAUGCUAAGAGAAAUUCUUCACAAAGGUAUAUGGAAAUACAAGUAUGAAGAUUUCAAAAAGCCUGGGUCAAGAACGAAAAGCAAUGUAGUUAAUAAAGUUUAGCAGUUCUAGUAGAUGUUUGAUGAUGCAAUUGCCCCGCCAAUAGAUUUAAGUAGUCAUGGUCUAGAUAAAAGUUAGUUCAGAGAUUUAAUAAUGGAUAAAGAAGAUGAGUUAUUUAGUAUCUGA